UCUUCUUGAUGAAUCCUAGAGGCAAUGAAGAAAGUUGAAAUUGAGAGCUCUCUAAAUAAAGGGUCUCCAUCAUCUUCUCUUGAUAUAAGAGUUACUAAGAGAGGUGUAGCUGGUAGUUUGCAAGAAAAAAACAUGAAAUCAGCCACAGUUAGGCCUUAUGUUCGAUCGAAAAUGCCCAGGCUUCGCUGGGCACCUGAUCUUCAUCACUGCUUUGUGCAUGCAGUUGAAUGGCUUGGUGGAGAAGAUCGGGCCACCCCAAAGAUGGUUUUGCAAAUCAUGGAUGUGAAGGGCCUUACCAUAUCUCACGUAAAGAGCCAUCUUCAGAUGUACAGGAGCAUGAAGCAUGAGCAGAUGACACAAGAAGCGGCUAUGGAAGCAAAGAAGAAUGGUAAGGAGCCUAAGAUUCACCAUUCAAAUUAUUUGACGCAUACAAUGUGCUGCCAACAGAAUCGUCAGUUAAAUGGCAAGGGAUUGGUCAAUAACAAUGCACUUCUCCAUCAAGGCCGUGGAGCUCACAAUCCUGCUAAUGGGCUUGCCCUCAGAAAUGCUAGCUUCUUGACAUCUCAAAGGAAAGACAGGGAAGGGCUGUGGAUUGGAAAGAAAGUGAAUGAACCAUUCUUACAUGAAGAAAAAACAAGCAAGGAGUGGGAGCAGAAACCUGAUAAUUACAUUAUCUUCAAGGAUCUACUCAAGAGCUGCAAUGGCACAGAGACAAAUGACCAAGAUAAGAUGUCAGCAGGUGCCGCAGGUUGCAAUAAAAGUAAUCAAAGUUUAGAAGAAUUAGACGAGAUUGCACAGAGAAUAGAUGGUGACGGGAUGACUUUAUCCCUAAAAUCAAAAGUUUCCGAGUCUUUUUUGAAGCCGAGCAAAGCAAAGAAUAGUUCAGAUGUGAAUGAUGUUUCUCUUGAGCUCACCCUUGCUUGAAGACAUACACAUUAUGAAGCUAACAGUUUGGAACCUUUAGAAAAGUCUUUCAGCUUGAUCAUUGCUGUAACUUCCUAUAGUUUACUCCAAUUGAUGCAGCAACUCGAGGAAAUUAAUAGCCUCAACUCUGUAAUUCUAAUAUAGACUAAUAAGAAUUUAGUACUUUUAGCUAAUUAUUGAUCAUAAAAGAAUAUGGAUGAGAGC